GACCGGGCUUGGAGGAGACUCUGUUGGAUGUUAGGCGGCGCUUUUGGCAGGAGUGACGUCGGCGCGGCUGUGGCGGUGACAGGAAGUAGUUGUUACCAUGGAAAUCAGAUGCUUCCAAACACCUCCACGCGCUGGGCACAGCUCUACAGUAGCAGCCAAUACAGUAAAUGAAAAGAAGGCAGGUAACUCCAGACAAGAGCACAAUGGAGGAGAUUCCAGUUAAGGUGGUUUUGAGGGUCCGACCUCUGUUGUCCAGGGAGAUCCUUCACAAUCACCAGGUGUGUGUCCGGCUCAUUCCCAACACUCAGCAGAUCAUUGUUGGGAAAGAUCGGCUCUUCACGUAUGACUCCGUGUUUGGCAAGAGCUCUUCCCAGGAGGAUGUCUAUAGAUCCUGCAUCAAACCACUUCUGGUGUCAUUAAUGGAAGGAUACAAUGCCACUGUGUUUGCCUAUGGGCAGACUGGCUCUGGCAAGACUUACACUAUUGGAGGAGGAAAUGUUGCUUCUGUUGCAGAUGAGGAAAAGGGCAUUAUUCCCCGUGCCAUCCAGGAAUUGUUCCAGUGCAUCGCUGAGCGGCACAAUAUUGACUUCAGUGUUAGGGUGUCUUACAUUGAGGUGUACAAGGAGGAGCUGCUGGAUUUGCUGGAGCUGGAAACCAACAUGAAGGAUCUACACAUCCGAGAGGACGAGAAAGGGAACACAGUCAUUGUUGGUGCCAAGGAAUGUCAGGUGGAAACUGCUGAUGAAGUCAUGAGCUUGUUAGCAGCAGGCAGUGCAGCUCGUCAUACUGGAAGCACUCAAAUGAACGAGAGAUCCAGCCGCUCGCAUGCAAUCUUCACCAUCACUAUAUGCCAGCAAAGUUCUCAACCUGGUGAUGAUGCAAACUCCACCCAGACAAUCACUUCUAAGUUUCAUUUUGUUGAUCUGGCAGGCUCAGAGAGAGUGACAAAAACUGGGAACACUGGGGAAAGAUUUAAGGAAUCAAUCCAGAUAAAUAGUGGUUUGCUUGCCCUUGGAAAUGUGAUAAGUGCACUUGGUGACCCCAAAAGGAAAAGUGCACAUAUACCUUAUAGGGAUGCCAAAAUAACUCGUAUACUGAAAGACUCCUUAGGUGGAAAUGCCAAAACAGUGAUGAUUACUUGUAUCAGCCCUUCUUCUUCUGACUUAGACGAAUCUCUGAACUCGCUGAAAUAUGCCAACCGUGCGAGAAACAUCAAAAACAAACCAGUUGUAAAUUACAACCCUGACUGGGAUAGGAUGGAUGAAAUGGAGCUGGAAAUCAAGGUUCUCAGAGAAGCUCUGCAAAACCACCAGAGCAAUAGAGUCAGUCGUACAAGUCAGGUGUCACAAGAAUGGAGUCAAGGAAAAGACAGGAUCCGGUCACUGGAAGAAGAAGUCGCUCACCUUCAGCUGGAAUGUUUCAACCAGCGACAUUGUACAGAGGAAGCUUUCUCAUUGUUUCUUGAUCUGAAGGAUAUUUCUGGCCUCACCCAAUCUGAGAAGAACAGAGUAGAGGACUGGCUUCACUUGGCAGAGGGCCUGAAGAGUCAGGUGGCAGCUGAUACCGAGGGCAGUAGCAGAGAAGAACCACAUCACAUCACCAUCUUGCAGCUAAAGAGGGAACUGAAGAAAUGUCAGGAUGCUCUGUUAGCAGAUGAAGAGGUUUUUGCUAGGAAGAAGCUGGAACUGAAAGAGUUACAGGAGCAGAUUCAGUCUGUACAAGAAGAAAAUGAAGCAUAUCAGAAGCGCCUGCAAGAGGCAGAAUAUACCAAGACCUUGCAGACGGAAAAACUUGUGGAACAACAGCUCCUUAUUGACGAACUGAAGUCCAAAAAGCCGGAAAUAUACAGGCAGUUUUCCCAGGAAAAUGAAGAUGAGGAGGAACGUCCAAGGGAAAUAUCACAAAGGCCACACACUGUGCCCCCCAACAACCCCACCCAGAAACUCUCUUCCAGUUUAAUCCAGGCUACAGGCCAAGCAGAGCCAAGGAAGGUACGAACAAGCCCCCCUUCCUAUUCCCUGGAGAGAAUGGUAGCAGGAUUCCGGACUCGAAGCCAAAUGCUACUGGAGCUCAUAGAGGAGCAGGAUGAAGUUCUGCAUGAGAAAUUCUCAGACCAAAGUGAGGAAGAAUCUGAUGAGCCAGAGAAAGAAAAUAGAAAGAAGUCACCUUUUAGUCGUUCUAUCAAUCGGACAUGGACACGAAGACAAGCCUCUGCUGGUGCGGAAACACUCAACUCUGACUCAUACAGAGAGAGCGUCACAAACGCUGAUGCCUUUCCAGCUCUGGAAUCCCUUCGAGAAAGUCAGGUGCUGAACAUGGAGAAGCUGAAAACCUCAGACAUACGCCUUGCUGAUGGCAAGCAGAGGAUGAGGGAAUUAACCAUCAAUAUUAAAAUGAAGGAAGAACUCAUUGAAGAGCUGGUCAAAACAGGUAACGAUGCCCAGUCAGUGAAUAAGCAGUAUUCCAUGAAGAUAGCCCAGUUAGAAGGAGAAGCAGAACAAGCCAAGUCAGAGUUGGCUGAAGCACAAAGGCAACUGCAGGAGCUGGAGAACAAAGAACUAAGAGACGUCGCGCACAAAGCUAAACUGCAGAGGGAUUUCCGUAAGAAAAUGGAGGAAGCAAAAUUAAAAAUGCAGGCAGUGCAAACAAAACAACAGGACACCACAAAGCUCGCCUCGCUCUCUGUUAAGAACGAAAAGCGCGUGAGAGAACUGGAACUGAAUGUGGAUCAGAUGCGGCAACAACAAGCCAAACUCCAGCGGAAGCUCAAGACUGAAACUGACAUGAAACGCAAGUUAGAGAGCACAAUUCAAAAGGAACAAGAACGUAUCAGAGAGCUGCAGCUGAAGACAGAGCAGCAGAACAAGAUAUUAAGGAUGAAAAAUGAAGAAAUUGCUGCAAUCAGAAGGAGGAAGAGUGUUCCCAGUGCCUCCGACCCCCUCCAGCUUAAAGUGGAAGAACAAACCAAGUGGCUGGAUGAGGAGGUUGAAAAGGUACUGAAAGAAAGGCAAGCGCUCACUGAGCUGGAAGAAGAUUUAAGGAAAAGGGAAGAAAGCAUCACAAAGAUGGAGGCGCUCUUGCAAGAGAAAAGCCAACUUGAAAUGAAAAAGCUUCGGUCGAGCCAGGCUUUAUCCAGCGACGUACUAAAGUUGUCCAAUCGCUUGAAUGUCUUGGAGAAUGAGCUCAUGGGUAAAAGCCAAGAACUGCAGAGCGGCGCUAGUGAGGAGCACAGGAAAGUAUAUGAGGACGUGAGAGAGCUUCAGAAGGAACGGGACGGUCUGCUAAAGAGAAGAGACAGUCUGGACGAGAAGCUGAGAAAUGGCAGCGUUCUCUCUCGAGAGGAAGAGCACACACUGUUCCAGCUGGAGGAGGGGAUAGAAGCCUUGGAAGCUGCGAUUGAAUAUAAGAACGAUUACAUUCAGAACAGACAUAAGGCUCUAAAAGACUCUUCUCAGAUCCUCACGCAAAGUGAAGCCAACAUCAUUGAAAAGUUCAGCUCUCUCUCACCUUCAGAAACCAGAUCCAUCCUUGUCCGAUACUUCAACAAGGUCGUGAGUCUUCGUGAAGCAGAAAGGAAACUGCAGUUGAAUUCAGCCGAACUGAGAAUGAAAGUCGAGGAGAAAGAGAACAUGUUGCGAGAGCUGGAAUCCUCCCUGGAACAUCUUCUGCUUCAAAAUGAUCGACGUUUGACCCAACAGCAGAAGGAGCACGAGCAAAAGCUGCAGUUGCUGUUACAGCACUUUAAGGAUAACAACAGUGAGCCAGUGUCAGAAAGCAUUAAAGCAUAUGAAGCGAAGGUUGCAGAGCUGGAAAAGGAGCUUUUCUUCUAUAAGAAAACCAGCCGGGAGCUGAAAAAGAAGCUAAAGGAGCUGCUUGGAGACCCCAAAGUGGCUGUUCCUAAAAACAACAAUUCUGCAGAUGCCGCCAGAGUCCUGGAUCAUCCGGGUCCCCCCGCAGUCAAAGAAUUAAAGUGGACCCCCCAGCUGGAAAGCAACAAAGCCCCUGGGAAAACAAGAGAGUCUCAACAUUCCGACCAUAAUCCUCACCUCAAUCCUGAAGCUGAACCUCCCAGCAGCCUCCCCAAGCUCCCGUCUAGAAGCCGUAUCUCCAGAAGAGCCAGCUCCGAAGAGGAGGAGCCAGGAAAUAUCCCCGCCCACUUUCUAUCAAAGAUGGAGCCGAGCAAAGCUCUUUGUGUGACUCCAGUGAAAAUAUCGCGCAGGGAUGUGCGUCAGAUCUCCGCCUCUCACCUCUCCAGCCGUCGCUCCAGCCUCACCUGCACCCCCGCCGACUCCAUUGAAAUCACAAGGACGGGCAAAGACUUUAACGCUCAGUGAGAUUUUAUUUCUAUUGACACGGGCACUUACACAUCUUUAUAGUAAUAUAUUUAAACACAGAAUAGCCUGUAAUACAGAAGCACUAAGGACUUGCUAUUACCUACUAAUCAUUUCCAGGACUUCUGGAUUUCACAUAUAAAGAACUAACAGAAAACAUUUGUUAUUUGAUAUUUAAUCUCCAAGAUAAAAGACUGUAAUGGAGGCUCUGGAAUCCCCAUAUACUCGUAUUCCCACCCCCCCCCCCAUACAUGUCUUAAACAAGAAGUAAAAUUAGAGGUUCAGCAUCUCAAUAACAUCUUUAUAAUCUCUACAGCAGCCCCCCAUCUACUGAUCAUUAGGCAUCUUUUGUGAGUCAGUGGCACCACACAUGCUCAGUGAGCUCCGGCCGUUGGUGAGAAGCUCGAGGUUGCACAUCAUCAAGCACAAGAAGCUGAUGCUACAGGACUGAUUAUGAACUGGUUUCUGUGCCGACAUGCAGGGACACCAUCAGAACAUUUUCUGGGCCCCCCUACAAGUAAAAAAAAAACCAUUUGCCACCCCUAAUGGCAGCCCUGUUAUGUGAAUCUGUAUUAAUGACUAAUCAGCCUUAUAUU